GCCGAACGGAGCCCGAAAGAAGGGGGAAAGAUGGAAAGAGAGAGAGAGAGAGAGAGAAAGGAUGAAACAUUUCUCGCAGAUUGCCGAAAAUUUCCAUGGGUGCUUCUCUGAACAAGACGCCAUGGCUCAAGCCUUAGGGUUUCCAUUUCAGGUUCUCUGAGGGUUAUAGAUCUAUUAGUGUCUAGAGAGCAAUUUUUGUACAGAAACCAGAACAGAGAGUGUAUGUCGUACCGACGUCAAUGAACUUAUAGUUUAAAAAAUGGAGAAUGAGGAUGGGCUUGAGCUUAGCUUGGGUCUGUCCCUGGGUGGAACUUCUGUCAAGUCUCAAGGUAAAAUCACUAGCUCCUCAGGUGCAAACAUUGAAGAAAGCGAUAGAGGCAAUAAAUUGGUUGAUGAUUAUAAGAAUUUUCUUCAUGGAGAUAAUCAGAGGCAAGAAUCAGACACUGGAUCUUUCCAAAGUAAUUCAAUUCCAUCUAAAGAUAAUUUCUUUAGUGACCUGUCCAAGGUCAGUGUGGAUGGCGUCUCUUCGAUCGAUUUGAAGAGGAAAGGAACCUGGACUGAUAGUAAUUACGCUGAAGCGGAGGACGAAAAUCUGCCGGAGAUCGGCAAUAAGCGGAAGUUACUGUUAAUGGAAAUGAACAGUCAAAAGAAGCAGGAAGGGGAAUCUCAUCACGUUGAUUUACAUGAAAAAGGAAGGGCAUCAUACAUUUCCUCAACUGAAGAUGGUUCGACUGCUGAAAAAGGCGAUGUUGUCGAGUCUAGAGCUGAAGGUUCAACAUCAAGACUAGCAUCGAAAUAUGAUGAUGGCGGCUUCAAACAAUGUAUAGGAGAUUCUAGUUUGCCUAAGGCUUCAAAGGAUAUCUCUGUAUUUUCUGAUUCAAGUGCUGUAGAGUUAAGUAGGCAGAAAAGGUUUAACAGUUCAUCAAUUGGAGUUUCAAACUCUGUCCAAGCCAUGAAUAUGCAUAAUAAUGUGCCUUUUCCUUUAUCGGCCAAGGACACUAACACUCUUGGUGCAUCUAGCACUUCUGGUCACUUGCAACUUGGAAUGCAGCAUGUGCUACCUUCUGUAAAUGGUGACCGAUCAGGGGCCGAACACGUAAACCAUCGAAACUUGCCUCUUAUGUCUGGCAUUUCACCGAUUCAGAUUUCAGCAAUGAACAAAGAUAAAUCACGGGGUUUGGUUUCUCAUCGUCAAAUGAUCCAUCAUACCUACGGUAGUGCCGGUGCAUCAUCUAGCUCAGCUGCUGCGCAAGUAAUUGGACCGUUUUCAUCCGAGGGUUUGUUGUACGGCGGGAGGGCAACGGAGCAUACCAAAGGCGAUAGCAAACAGCCUGCCAUGGACGAGGGAUCAUCUUCUCAAGCAGAACACGCAAAAGGAAGCAGCCCGAACAUUAAUGCAAAAGACGUAUUAGAAAUGUCGAAAGCAGCAGGCGUCUCCCUUGAUUUUCCAGCUAUUAAGCCAGGCAUUGCUGCAGAUAUUGAAUUUGGUGGAUGUGGUUCAUAUCCAAACCUUCCUUGGGUUUCUACCACUGGUCCAGGCCCUGCAGGUAAGACAAUCUCUGGUGUAACAUAUAGAUACACUGCCAACCAAAUAAAGAUUGUUUGUGCUUGCCAUGGUACUCACAUGUCUCCCGAAGAGUUCAUUCGACAUGCCAGUAACGAGAAUUUUAGUGCACAGAACGACAACGGUCCCGCAACGAUUCCAAAUAAAAACUCUGCUGCCUCGGCACAAAGCUGAUUCGAUAGCAUCUGCGUUAUUUACGAUUUUACUUGUUUUCGUUAUUUGGUUCGAACGAAAAUGUCGGGGUUGCAGAAGUGGCUGGUAGACAUGGUUUUUUGCAGGCACCUGCUUGUUGUUUGUUUCCUCCUAUGAUAUGGUAAGAGUUCAUUCGACAUGCCAGUAACACAUGCCAGUAACGAGAAUUUUAGUGCACAGAACGACAACGGUCUCGUAACGAUUCCGAAUAAAAACUCUGCUGCCUCGGCACAAAGCUGAUUCGAUAGCAUCUGCAUUAUUUACGACUUUACUUGAACAGUAUCUGUUCUAUAUGUUUUUGUUAUUUGCUUAGAACGAAAAUGUCGGGGUCACAGAAGAGGCUGGUAGACAUGGUUUUUUGCAGGCACCUGUUUGUUGUUUGUUUCCUCCUAUGAUAUGGUAAGCUGAUAGUGUUCCUAAGUAUGUCUGAUGUAUUAUAAGCUUCAUCGUUAUAUAGUCGUAUCGAAUUAAUUUUCAUAA